AGAUGCGAAGAGCCUGCUCUCCCCAUUGAAACGUGGGAGCCUCCAGUCGGGGAGGACGCUCCUCAGUUGCCCUAAUGGCCAACCCGCAUAUACUCCUUGCAUCCCCCUCCGGCUACAAAUAUCAUCUUUAAAUUCUGCCAGCUUUUCAGUGCGAUGCAGACAAUAAAAGCAAGUUUUUUAUUUUAUUUUAAUUAUUAGUAUUUUUGGCGUAGCCUCGGAGAAACCAGUACGUGUCGCUAAGGUUUCGCUUUGUUCCCAACAGACGCUUCUGAUCGCUUUUUAUUUGGAAAAGAUAUAUAAUGGACAAUUCAGAGAAGGGAAACAGAUCCGACGAAGACUUGGAGUCUCCCGAAGAAGAAGAAGUGGACCCGAGGAUACAGGGAGAAUUGGAGAAGCUCAAUCAGUCCACAGAUGACAUCAAUAGAUGUGAGACAGAGCUGGAGGAUGCACGGCAGAAGUUUCGCUCUGUGCUGGUGGAGGCCACCGUCAAGCUGGAUGACCUGGUGAAGAAGAUUGGCAAGGCGGUGGAUGACUCCAAGCCUUACUGGGAAGCACGGAGGGUGGCCCGGCAGGCUCAGCUAGAGGCCCAGAGGGCCACGCAGGACUUCCAGAGGGCCACUGAGGUACUGCGGGCGGCCAAAGAGACCAUUGCCCUGGCGGAGCAGAGGCUUCUGGAGGAAGAUAAGCGGCAGUUUGACUCGGCCUGGCAGGAGAUGCUCAACCACGCCACCCAGAGGGUGAUGGAGGCGGAGCAAACGAAAACGCGCAGCGAGCUGGUGCACAAAGAGACGGCGGCCAAAUACAACGCCGCCAUGAGCCGCAUGAAGCAGCUGGAGAAGAAGCUGAAGCGGACCAUCAGCAAAUCAAAACCGUAUUUUGAACUGAAGGCAAAAUACUACCUCCAGCUUGAGCACCUUAAGAAGAACGUGGAUGAGUUGCAGGCCCAUCUCACAGGGGCCAAGGGGGCGUACAAGACGGCGCUGCGCAACCUGGAGACCAUCUCCGACGAGAUCCACGAGCGGCGGCGUGCAGCCGCCAUGGGCCCACGGGGGCGGGGCGUGGGGGCCGAGGGCGAUGGCAGCGGCCCGGACGACGACGAUGGCGGCGGUGGCACUAACCUCAAGAUGGACUCAGACGGCAUCUCCGUGGCUUCGGAGUCGUUCGAGGAUGAGAAUGGCAGCAGCGCCAUGUCGGAGGACUCGGAGACGCGCUCGACCUGCAGCCUGAGCUCGGGGCCCCUCGGCUCACUGGACCUGACCUGCUCCUUCCUGCCCUCCUCGCCUUCCUCAUCUUCGGCAUCCCCGUCCCCUUCUGCCUCCUCCUCCUCUUCCUCCCGGCCCUGCAGUCUGGACCUUCCCAGCCCCGUGUCACUUUCAGACUUUGGGCUCAUCUCGCCGAUCCUGGGCCCGCGGAGCGAGUGCAGUGGGGCAUCGUCCCCGGAGUGCGACCUGGAGCGAGGUGACCGUGCGGAGGGAGCCGAGGGAGAGCUGGAAGACGUCCUCAACAACAACCCCAACGGUGGCGGCGGUGGGGGGGGGAAGAGGGCCGGCAGCCUGGAGAGCCACCUCAGCCAGCUGACGCUGCAGCGCGCCAAGGUCAUUGACCGCGACCGCUGUAGCCUGGCGCAGCUGCCCAUGCCCGCAGUUCUGCUGCUCAACGGUGUUUGACGACCCCCCCCCCCCCCCACAAAAAAAAAACAUUAUAUGUGCCAAGAAGCAUCUUCACUAACCACUCCAGUCCUCUCCAUUCAAAACUGACCAAAGCGGUCAAGUAGUCAAACACGAUGUUUUGUUUUGUUUGGGCAGGACACCCUUGUGCCAACGACGUUUUUUGUCCGAACACGGCGUGUCGGCAUAAAACGCUCAAACAUAGACUGUUGACUCGGUCGCUUCCUUUGUCUCCUGCCCUCCAUCUCUUCCCCACCCCAUCCUCCCCCCUCACACCAACUCCGCUGCCGGCUCUCCUCCGCCCACAGCUCCUGCACGUGUGACUGGGCUGCCAGGGGCUGGCUACACUUCAGAGGGGUUGCCAGCUUAGCUCUGCCGUCACCGCGGCCCUUUCCAUGCGCCUGCAUGUCGCCUUACUGCCCCUCUUGGCUCGGAGUCACUGAAACCCAGUGCCGCUAGCUAGCAUGUGCCACACAACAGAGGGGCUGGGGUGGCGCCGCCCCCAACCCAGUAUUUUUCCUGGUUUGAGAGAAAUCGCACCUCCCGCAGCCGCCUUCAGCACCAGGACAGGUUGAAUUAAUGAGCUUCCAGACGCUUUGAGACGGCACAGCAGUCCUGUCAUCCAUCUUCGUGCCCCAGCAUCUCUCAGGAUCUGCAAAAAAGCGACCCUCCAUUUUGUCAAAAAAAAAAAAAAAAAUGUAACCUUAAAGCAAUAGUCAAGUACAUUGUUCCUGUUUCCUGUAGAUAGCGGUUAGAUGCUGUCGGGGAUUCAUGGCGAUUUUUCUAGAACCGUAUAAUUGUUGCAGGAGUGGCUGUAGACAUGGCUGAUGUGACUUGGGUGGAGUCCGAAUGACGGACCAAUGAGGGAUCAGUACCCCGGACAAAGGGUGGUUGAGAUGAGACCCGGUAGUGACGCGAAGCGUGCCGUUCGCUUGCGUGUAGCUCUAGCUGCCGUCCACCUGACGACCUUCCUGUCGCCUGUCCGUUUAGGUGCCCCAUCUGCGUGAUGCCUGUGCUCUCGUCGUGCCCUCUGCUCUGUGCGUCUUUCUGUAUAAUGUUUGUGUAUUGCUGUUCCCCCUGGUGUUUCUGCAAGAGAAAAUGAGUAUUUUUCCAGUGUCUUGUUGCGGUAUCUCACAGGUCUUCGGCCACAUCUUGUGUACCCGUUUUCAGUGUAAUAAAACUAUUAUUUACUGCA